CGGGCGCGCGCGCGCGUUGUGAGGCGGGCGAACCAACAGCGGAGAAUAAGAAACGGACCGCUCGUGCCGUUCUGCUUGGAUUGCUGGUAUUCUAUCCAGGACUAACCAAGUCCAACCCUGCUUGCCUUGUGAGCCUCACAAAGAGUUGAGAACAGCAUGGUUCUAGAAAGAAGAUGGGGUCUACUAGGUUAACUGCAAAAGAACUAUGUGAGAAUGACGACCUUGCCACAACACUAAUUCUUGACUCCUACCUUGGCUUUAAGACUCAUAAAAUGAAUGUAAGCCCACUCCCAGCCAUCAGGAGGAAGCACCAUUUACGGGAGGCAGUAGAAGCUUUCCGGAAGCGCAAGGACCUAGAAGCAGCAUAUCAAGCCUUGAUGCAGGGUGGCUGGACCUGCCAGUAUUUUGCAAAUCGGAGCCAUCAGCAGGAAGCUGCCCUCAAGACUCAUAUUUUUCGGUACCUUCGCAUUUUCCUUCCUGAGAGUGGUUUUGCCAUCAGACGCUGUAGUCGAUAUUCCUUAGAAAUAAAUGGAGCCCGGGUGGUGUCUACAAAAUCAUGGAGAAAGAAUGAUAAACUGGAGCUUUUAGAAGGCUACAUUGCAGAACUGACAGAACCCGAUGAGAGCCUCCUCCGAGCAGGUGAAAAUGACUUCAGCAUCAUGUACUCCACCCGGAAACAGUGUGCCCAGCUUUGGCUAGGGCCUGCAGCCUUCAUUAAUCAUGACUGCAGACCAAACUGUAAGUUUGUCCCAAUGGAUGGGAACACUGCUUGUGUCAAGGUGCUGCGGGACAUUGAGCCAGAUGAUGAGAUCACAUGCUUCUAUGGUGACGGCUUCUUUGGGGAGAACAAUGAAUUAUGCGAAUGCCACACUUGUGAAAGGAAGGGGGAAGGAGCUUUUCGCCUCCUGAAUCGGACUCCAUUGCUAGCUACCUCAGUCAGUGAGAAGUACCUACUGAGAGAGACAGACGGCCGUCUGCAGAGAUGGAAAAAUCAGUCUUGCAAACUUGCUCAACGUAAUGUGAAAGUGGGACACAAAGCCCGGCGCAGGAAAUCACAAUUACAUGGUGCUGUACACAGAUAUACCACUCGCUGGUAUUUUAAGAUGCUCAAGCCUUUAUAUAUCCCAGUGCACAACUGCUUGGCCUGCAGAACACGUGGAUGCAAGCUCCGUAAGCAGCCUCUGGUGUGUCUGCUUCGUUGUCCUUCUCCUGUGUUAUCUGUAUUGCACCUCAGGCAGUCUUUGGGAAACAAGAAUUGCUACUCCAAGGCCCAGCAAAGCUGCUCUCUUAUAAAGAUGCACAAUUGCCCUGAAAGCCCUGGCUUGGCCAACCAGGGCAGCCUCGUAGUGAAUCUUGGGAAGAGAAUUCCCUUGGACUGGGCAAGGUUUCAUAGGGAAGUAGCAUGUGACAUUAAGGAGGAAAACACCAAUCAGGAGUUUAGCCAGGGGACUGAGGAAUAUGAUUCAAGGGAUAUGGAGAGUCAUGCUGAUGUUAAAGAAACCUAUGAAUCAGGAUCUGGGGUUCUCCAUUCAGGAGAGCAAAUCCCCCUUGAUUCUUCAGGUUCUCUUUCAUCUAGUCAGUUCUUGUGCAGAACAAGGAGCACGGCCCAGCACCAAGCUCAAGAUUUGCCCCAAUCUCAAUUGUUAUUACCAAUGGUAGACCCCAAGCUUUCCCAGUAUGCUCACGUCCGCCUGGAAGGCCCACCUUUUGGAGGCAGGCAGUGCUGGCAGCAGCCCCCUUCAGACAAGACGGAGAAGGAACAAGCGGAGGAGCAGCAUCUUCCUAAGCGGAUGGUUUCCUUUCCUCCUUUUGUUCCACCCAAACGGCUUCGACUGGUAGUGAGCCAUGGUUCCAUCAACCUCGAGGUAGCUGCAAGCUCCUGUGAGGAGAUGUCCUCUGAUCUGGCUGAUCUUCUGUGAUUGAAAACAAGACUUUAGCUUCUUAUUGAAUUUACCCAUGAUAACCAUCUACCAGAAUUUGCCUGAAAUUAUCCAUCUUUUUGUUGUGCCCUUCUCCCCAUCACCUUGUAUGGGUUGAUAACAUCUCUUCUGAAGUAAUGUCCCCAGGUGGGCACAAAGCUGCCUGUGCUAAAAACGCAGCCUUGUGUUCGACUCCUACUUUUUUCCAUUGAAAUUGAUAUUUCAGUUAUCGUUCCAGAGUACUUCCUUUAUCACUUCCUCACUAUUCUUUUAAAAAAUAUUGUUCUCCUCUACUUUGCCAAACUUCACUGUAUAGUCUUUAAACCUAAGCCAUAUAGUAGACUGCAUGGAUGCUUUGGAUUGCCUCCUGGUCUUUUCUUUGAACUCUACUUUCUCUCCCACAGAGUCCUUUCAUCUCUCUACUCUCAAUAUCUCCAUGCUCUGGUUUAUAGCUCUGUAGUCAUAGACUUCUUGACAGAUGGACAUGGUAUUUUGGCAUUUAUUGUCCCUACAAAGUAAGGCAGAAUUGGUGAAGUGACUUGUGGAGAAAAGAAAACCAGCAUCUAAUCAGGGAAGUCUCUUUAAAACUUAUUGUGAGAAAACCAGCAACCAGAAGUGCACAUUGGCAUGCAGCCUAAACUGUUCAGUCCAUUUAGCCUGAAGGCUGCUCUUGGCUAAACAGGCUUAUAUAGGGAAUUAAAUGUUCUUGCUCCUUUUCUUUUGCCGUCUCACUGUUUGGGUGCCUAUUGUUACAAAACAGCUAAUUUUCUAGUUUUGGAAGCUACUUUUAUAUUAGUUAAUCUGCGUGACUUGUUUCUUCUCCCAGUUAGAGUUUUAAACAGGUGUCUGCUGGGGCUUUUUAGAAUCUUAAUGAACUUUAGAUAUUCAGGUGUUUUAUAUUUGAUAAAGUUGAGCUGCUUGGCUCAGGGGCAUUGCGAUAAAGGGGCUUCCUUCUGUGAGAGGCUGAUGAGCAAAAUAAAAGUUCUACUCAGUUUAAUGUGGCCUAACUCAGUUCAAAGUCACAUAUGGUAAGUGGAUUUGCUGUAUAUUUUUCCCAUUCAUCUUGCCAUGAGAGGAUUUUGAACAGAUAGGGCACAUUCUGGGAGAAAUCUGAGUGCAAGGUAUAUGGGGAGAGGUGGUGGCAAUUGAAUUGGGUGAAACAUUGAGGUCAAGCUUUUUCUUUAAAUGCUUGCUUUGUUUUGAAAUUUUGUGAAAUCCUUUGUGGUGUUGACUUUGGAUAUAUAUCCAAGAGUCUUAGGACAGCCUGAUGUUCCUUUUCCAACUCCUCCUUUUUUGUUUGUUUAGUAUUGUAGUUUGGUGCAGUUAGUGUUAGAGAAGCUUGUCUAGAUGACUUGAAGGUCAUGUUAAGAUGGGGGUUAAGCUGUGCACAUUUGAGAAUAAAUUUCAAUAAACUUAGACUUUCUGUUAAAUACCUAUGGGUAGAAUCCAGCAUAGGUUCUUCGAUCUCUGAAGUUGGAAAAUCUGAAUUAUAGAGCUUUUAGAGUAGCAACUAGUUUGUCUGGCAUGCAUUUUUGGUCUGAGAUACAUAAUGUAUUGCAAUUCUGUGUUUUUCAUUGCUCUGGAAAACAGAGCAAUUCCUGGGAAACCACAGUAAUUUUGAAAGUAGUUUUUAGGUACAAGCUUUGAAAAGCUAGAAUGAGCUGAUACUGUUCAACCUGUCCUGAGAAGGAAAUCUUAAGAAGAAGAACCACAGACAAUGCAUAUCCGUGUAAAAAUAUCAGAGAAACAAUACAGGCACAGAGAGAGUAGAAACAACAGUUUUCCACAAAUUGAUUGGGAAGACAUAACAAUAGCAUAUUUUUGGUAACAAUUUGAAUAUUUUCCUAUAGGUGAUUCAUAUGAUUGUCCAGAAUUACCACUGUCUGUGGACAUUCUUCCUUUUACUCUCCCAGACCUGUAUGAAAAAAGAUAGUUUUAAAAAUGUUAGUGAACUUGAUAAAUGUGGUCCUUAACUUAUGACCAUAAUUGGGACUAGAAUUUUGAUUGCUAAACCAUGCAAUCAUAAAGUGAGACAAAAUGGGACCACAUUACUCAGUGACCACAAUUCUGGCAGUUCCUGUCACUGCAGUUAAGCAAAUUUUACUGGUCAUUAGCCAAGGACCCACUCCAAGCAUUCUGAGAUUGGUCCCUUCCAGACCUGAGGCUGCCUAUCUGCCCUCCCCCCCACCUCCAAUCUCUGCACUUUUGGCUGUCAUGCACUCUGCCUUGGAAAGCUGCAGCUGUUCCGAUUUUAGUUGCCCUGGUCAUCCGGCACUCUGAGACACCCCCCCCCGCCCCCACUCCCCAUUGCCCCAGUUGAGCUUUGCUGCCAUCUUCUUGCUUCCUUUGCUAACAAUGUUUACCCACCGUGGCUAUUGGGCAGAAUUGGGACUCUCUUCAAGGUAGGGGGGAAAAGCACAAAGUCCGUUCCAGAGCUGAAACAUUCCUUUGCGCUGUGCUCCUGGGGACAAAUAGGGCUGGCUUUGUGGUAUAAAAAAGUGGGGGGACCACAAAGCAGCUGCUGAAAGGAGCUGCUUUGUGGGGUUUUUUUCCUUUUACAUAGCAUAAAGCCAGCCCCAUACAUCCCAGAGCAUGGUGCAAAGGGGCAUUUUGUUGUGCUGUGGCCCCUUUAAGCUGCUUUGUCCUUUUUUUGCAGUGCAAAGCUGGCCUCAGCCCAACGCAGUACAACCACCAGGCCUGACAUACCUUGUCAGCAGUAGAGCAAAAAAAAAAGUGAAGGUUAGCUGGGGCACAUAGCACAGGGCAGCAGAGGGCCAAAUGGGAAUAGAUUAUGAGGGGCGCGGGGGAUAGGCAAUGGAAGGAGUUGAAGUGCCCCUGCGGUGGUAAGUGUGGGCAGGCUACUAAGCACCUGAAGUUUGAUUAUGUGACAGGGCACUGCCAUGGCUGUAAGUUUGGGCAUGGGUCAUAAGUCCCUAUGUUCAGCUUCAUUGUAACUGAAUGCUUGCUGAACAAAUGGUUGUAAGUCAAGGACUACUUGUAUCACAUUGCUCACUAAAAUAAUUGAGACAUAGCUGAAAUUGUACAUCUUUUUCCUGUUCUGUAAGCUUGCUUUAUAUUUGUGAAAAUUUGAACAUAAGGCACAUUUUUCUUUCCCCAAAGUUAUGUACGUUAGUAAUCAUUUUAUAUUUCAUAAUAAUUAUUCCAUUGAUUAUUCUUGUUAAUUGCACAUUGUUGUUGGUUGCAUCACAGAAUGUGUGAUUCACUAUGUAUGAUGCUAUUUUAAUGCCUAUAUGUGAGUGUCUAUGAGAAUAGUUUUGACCUAAAGGUGAGAUGAUGUCUCAUUAGUUUUUGAAUUUUCUUCUACAAGAUGUGCAUUUUCAUCUGUGUAUCAAUGUUCGUGCACAGCGUAGAUAUAUGUACUAAAAAGAAAUAGAAGUUUUAGUGGUUGUUCUGACUUUGUGGCCUCUCUUAAUGUGGGUGCCCAGACUUGCUUUCUUGCUUGCUACUUUCCACUUAUGGAUGUUCCAUGUUAGUUAAUAGUUGGAGACUAGUGGCCCAGCCUUUAGAUAGUGACUGUAAUUGGGGGGUGGGGGGGGGGGGGGGGGGGGAGAGAGGAACAAAGAGGGCAAAAGAUGGUCAAGGGUUUUGUGUGGGGAAAGGUCAGGGGUGGGAAGGGUGGAUAUUGCUAGUCAGGAUACUGUACAUUCUCUGGAAAGACAGACUGGGGCUCAGUUUUCACCUUUCUGUGCCUCUCUUUCCCCCAUCUUUCCUGGUGGGUUUAUGGUUUGUGCUACCUCAUUUGGGAAAGGAAGCAUCAAGGCACUCUUCCAUCUCUGACUUCAGUCUUCUUUCAGUCCAGUGUCCGUUAAGUCCUGUCAUUUCUUUUCCCACUUUCAUGCUUUCAGAUUUUAAAAAAACAUACGUGUUCUCAUGAGGUGGAGUGGUAGCAGAUCCAGGUUUUGUUGUGUUUUUUUUUUGUUCUAGCAUCCUGUGUGGGUAAGUUUUUAAAUCAGCCUCUCCAGGUUCAGCCUCUGCUUGUUUCCCUGAUAAUACCAUGGUUUAUUACAUUGCUUCCAUCUUUUAUACGAUUUUUCAAAUAUGCUUUUGGCCUGGAGCCACUCUAUCCCCAUUUCAAAAGAAAGAUUGAAUUCCACUUCUCCAUAAAAGUUAUGCUCAGGAGGGUAUGUUAAGAUACCUUGAUUUUCACACAGCUGGGAAAAAUAAGCAACCUGGACACUGGGGAAGGUCUCUGAUUGGCUGGGUUCCUCAGGGAGUGGUUUGGUAGAACCCUGUAUAUCGUUUUUCUGCCCCAGGUUUUAACCACAGUACAUCAGUCCGACUACCUGCCUUUAGUGGUGGGGUCAUUGCAAACUUGCUUCAUUAGGAAACAAAUUGCUCCUAAUACGCACUAAUACGCACUAACUAGGGUUGUGGGGAAUUUGUUCCAUUGUACUACCCCAUCACUCAGCAUGUUUGAAAUACUUUAUUUAAAUGGAGGAUUCUUCCAGAACUUCAGAAGACAGAGUCCAAAAGGGGGUAACAUGGAGCACAUUUUCAGGGGCAUGUGUACUCUGCCAAAAAAAAAAGAAAAAGAAAGAAAAAGUAACAUAAACUGAGCUCUGAAUUUGCAUGAAUUAUGAUAAUGAAUUCUUAGGCCUUUUUUUGUAACAUGGCAAUAUGUUACAGGAAAUUUGGCCACAGGAAAAAUUGAUUAGUAUGUCCCAUCUAGCCUAGCUGGUCUUACCUUUACUGUCAUCCCAGUGUCAAGGGGCCAGGACUCGUUAGAUGGAAGAAUUUCAACAGGACCUGGACUCAAGGUCAAAUCUUGCAUUGGUACAGUAUGAUUGAGUGCAUACAGCCCUGGGUGUGUAUUAGUUUGGUCUGAGCAGGCCUGAGAGAGGGUGGGGAGGGUAAGAGGGUUGUCUGUAUUUUUAAUGGUGCUAUAUUUGGAAGGGUUGAUGGAGUUUACUCUCAGCUCCAAGUGUAGAAAUUUGAGGCCUCAGGGUAUUUCCUGCCCCAUGAUCAGGCCGGUAUCCUGAAGUGGGGUAAAGGCAGAAACUUCUGUUUGUAUUUUUAAUGGUGUGUGUUAGGGGGGAGGGGGUGCAUAAUACUUUUUAAAAUACUUGAUUGAAAUAAACUCUUCUAAAACUG